CAAACCAAACCAAUCGUAUACUUCGAGUAACUGAUCCGAAUCGAUUUUAAUUUACCUUUCCAUGCCAUGCACACACAAAAUAAUGUCAUGCUAAGUAAUUCAGUGGGCUAAUCAUAACACCAUGGUCAGAGAGCAUUUUGUUAGUUCAUAUAAAGCCAGUAGCGCCACGUAAGAAUCCUCUAGAAGCUCUAUGCCGUGAAGGAACUCGUUGCCGUGUGUAUAUAUGUUUUGCCGGCGGUUGGCCGAAAAGUCAUCUAUCUCCUCGUUCCUAGCUUAUAUAGGUCCCUGCCUUUUUAUUCGCCCACUGAAAAUGCAUCACACAAAGGCAAGAACCUCUGUCUAUCCAGGAAGCAACCUUCAGCGUUUUCCUGUACCAGACAAUCUAGUAACAUGGAAGGAACCAUUUCCAAAUUAUACACCCGUAGACUACACAGCGCCAAGUGUUCUGAAGAGACCUGUCUGGGCUGAUCCAGAUACAAGGCAGGAAACUGUUGACCCCCCUCUCUUGUUCAAUAAACUGGACAAAGCCUACAAUGUCGAUAGAACAAGCUACACUGGGAUGUAUGAGAUAAAAAAUAAUGUUCCUCUAAAUCCAUUUGGUAGGACUGGCCUGGAAGGGCGUGGCUUACUAGGUCGUUGGGGGCCAAAUCAUGCUGCAGACCCUGUUGUCACAAGAUGGAAGAGAGACAAUAAAGGAAACAAGGUUUUACAAGGAGGAAAACCAGUUCUAGAAUUUGUAGCAAUCAAGAGAAAAGACACAGGAGAGUGGGCCAUUCCUGGGGGAAUGGUUGACCCUGGUGACACAGUCAGUAUAACAUUGAAGAAAGAGUUUGGUGAGGAAGCUAUGAACAGUAUGGAGGUCUCUCAAGAAGAAAAGGAUAAACUUCAUGCACAGCUGACGGAGUGCUUCAAAACAGGGCAUAAUAUUUACAGUGGGUAUGUUGAUGAUCCCCGCAACACCGACAACGCAUGGAUGGAGACGCAUGCUGUUAAUUACCACGACGAAAGCGGAAACACUUUCAAACAGUUUCGACUUCAAGCAGGCGAUGAUGCGGGCGCAGUGGCCUGGACCCCAAUAUCACAUGAUCUUAACCUAUAUGCCAGUCAUGCAGACAUUGUGCGUCAGGUUGCGGAGUACCACCAUGCAUUUUUCUGACUGCUUGCUGUAGCCAAAACUCACCCAAUCUCAACAGAAAAGCUUGAUCACUCUAGUGAAACUCUUGUUUUUUUGUCAACCUUAUCAAUUUCGAUCCCACAUACUUUGAACAAGAAUGAAUGAAGUAACAAAGGCUCAUAUAUAGUCUAGGAACUUCUUAUCAGUCCCUGGUUCACUAGACUACCUGUAGGCUUUGAUAGUUUUUCCAGCACAAAAAACCCAAAAACACGGAGUUUGCAUAACCCGGCCGCCAUCUUGGAUAAUGCGCUUGGCAGGCAGGUUAUGCGAACUCUGUGUUUUCCGGGUUUUCGUGCCCGAAAAACUAUCAAAGCCUACAGGUAGGCUACUGGUUCACAUUUACAAAAUGAUAAUGUAUUCAUUUUUUCAUGCUAGCUCAAGAUACACGAAUGCACGCCUCAGGGCUGCAGAAGGGGGUUGGGCACUAGGGAGAAUGUGACUCCCCCCCCUCCCCCUCCAAUAUUUUAAAUAAAUUAUAAGGAAAUAGGGGUAGUAGGGACAUGGCUAAUUUCUCCAAUAUUUUCUUAUAGUUUUGUAUGUUGCCCCCUCCAAUAUUUUGAGGUCUGCUCGAGCUGAAAAUGAAUGCACACUAAUUGUAUAUUUCCACUGGCAGAUGAAAAUAUCAAUAAGUCACAUGACUCUUUUUUAUCUUUGGUUGAAGCACAAGUAUGUUUAAGUGAGAUAUACAUUUUUUUUUUCAUAUUGCCGCACAAAGGUUAGAUUUGUGUUCGAUAUUAGAAUGAGACAAUAUAACAUAGUCAAACUUAAAUUUUCGUGAUUUGUAAAAUGUUCACAGCACUUGGUAUAGUCCUCAAGAAGUAUGCAAAAUAAAACAAGAAUUGUGUUAUAUUGUACAGAA